AGUAUGUGAAUAGUGAAACGGACCAUUAACCGCUUAACAUCAAUAAUUUGUCUCACGCUUCCUUCACCAGCUGCUUUCGAGAUCCUCCCAUGGCGGCGUCUACGGCGAUUGCAAAUUCCACCACUGCUCUCUCUUCCGUUAACUCUCGCCACCACCUCUCACCUAAAUUUGCCUCCAUUUCGCUCAUCCAUGGCCUUCCGGAAUUCCGCCCUCCUCCGCCCGGUCUCGCCCAUCACUACACUGCAAAUGGCUCUUCCCUACCGAUUAUUAGAGCUCAGAGUUCUCCAGCUGUAGGUUACACACCUGAGGCCAAUUUCUACAAAGUUGAGGCAAUUCUGAGGCCGUGGAGGAUCCAACAGGUUUCUUCGGCAUUGUUGAAGAUGGGAAUUCGUGGAAUUACAGUUUCUGAUGUACGAGGCUUUGGCGCUCAAGGUGGUUCAGCAGAAAGACAGGCUGGCUCUGAGUUUUCUGAAGACAAUUUUGUUGUGAAAGUAAAGAUGGAGAUUGUUGUGAGCAAAGAUCAGGUCGAAGAAGUCAUUGCAAAGAUAAUCGACCAGGCAAGAACUGGAGAAAUAGGAGAUGGCAAGAUUUUCGUGAGUCCUGUGGCGGACAUAAUAAGAGUUCGUACAGGCGAGCGAGGAGAGAAGGCUGAAAGGAUGACAGGCGGGCGUUCUGAUAUGUUCUCCGUUGGAUCCUCCACUACUUGAGCCCGCCAGAACUGCAACUUUUUUUGUUGUCUGUCACUGUUGGAAAUUUUGAAUCUUUAGUCAUGAGAUUUUAAUAUUUCUACUAGAACAGAUCAACAAAAACGCAGUGCAUAAAUUCAGUAUUUCGGACAUAUUUCUCGUUGAUUGGCAUUAUUGCUGUGUGUUUUGUGAAUGAAAACAAUGUAAAUCAGUUCAAACUUCUAACAUUCCCAGUCACAUUAGACCUUAA